AUGCAGGUCCAAGCUCAGAAUGUGCGAAUUGGCAUGCCUGCUGGAGUGCCAGUUUCCCGUGCUCGCACUGCGCAGGUGCGAUCAUUGUCUCCAGCACUGACUGCCCGAACAAGCGUUACGCUUGGACCAGUGCGGAUUAUGUCGCCGCACGCAUCACAUGUUCCGUUAUCCCCACAGCCAUCGCCAAUCAAGCCGAUUGCAGCGCCAAGACUGAGCGUGCAGCAGCCAGUCACAUUGUUGCCACGCAGCGAAUUGACAGCGUGGUUGUCUGCUGCGCGAAAUUUUGUUAUUAACACAGACUUCGAUGUGGGACCGUUGCUCGCGGACCGGAAGAGAAGUAUCACGGAGCUGAUGAACGUUAUGAAGGCAAACAGCGGUGGAAAGGGAACCAUACAGGCACUGGGAGACAAAAUUAUCUUGAGCAAACUGUUGGAGAAUCUUGGUGUUCCGCAGAUGCCAGUGCUGCUCUCUACGUACACCAAAGUGAACAAGGCAGAGGUCGAAAAACUUGUUGAAACCUGGACACAGAGCAGUGAUCCGGAUGCCUACGACGUCGUCGUCAAGCCGACUCAUCUUAGCAGCGCAACGGGUGCUGUGAUAAUGUCAAAGCCCAAGUGGGAAAAGGAGCAGUGGAGUGCUCAGAAGCUCAUUGAGCACAUGGAGACUUUCUUAGAGAAGAAGGCAGCCGACAGCGAGAGCGAGGCUCUCAAGUCGCUUGUUCCUGGUUUUGUUAUCCAGCCGCGAUACCGCUCGUCGGUCGGCUUCAAUUUUCCGCUGGAGCUGCGAGUUGUAACUAUCUGGGGCAAGGCACGCGUGGGAAUUUGGUGGUGGGGCCGCGUUGCAGAUCCGAAAGGGAAGCGAACCACUUGGUUGGUGCGGGUACCGAGAAUUGCUGGUCAACUUUCAGACGAUGAUGGCUGGGAGGUGAUCCACGAGCACGGAGGUCAAAACCGUGGCUUCGAGGUGUCGCUGAAGCUCUUUCGCGAAGCGAUGCCGGCCAUGUCGGCUGCAGCUGAGAAUAUUGCCACAGCUGUCGGCGCACCAUUCUUGCGUUCCGACUUCUUUGUCGGCAGCGAAGAGUGGGGAGUUCGCUUGAAUGAAGUUGCUUAUGGAAGCGGGGUGGACUACAAGCGUCGCCUCCCUGGUGGCACCUCAAAGCAAACUCGCGGUGGUACUUGGGUCGGUGGGCUGGUUGACGACGGCCCAGCCAUUGCAGAGAUCAUUCAGGAGGGCUUCAGGCUUUGCCAGCGUAGACCGCCUGCAGAGUUUCUGAAAGUGCUGGGAGCACGGACAGCGCUCUACGAGGCACCCACAAGAGGGAGAUCUCCAGACUCACGGCCAGCGGAGCCGCUCAUGAAGGUCGAGGCCGUUCCACAAGAGAAGCGCUCAAGACAACUUCCGGAUGAUGCAGUGCCUCCCGCGCAAACAUAUCAUGCAACCAGUGGCGCAAGGUUUCUCGACGGGUCGUAUUGUGUUAAUCGGAGGGCUCGCAACGGCAAGUCGUAA